AUGGGAGGGGUCCGGAGGGCGGACGGGCCUGGACCUCGGAUGGGGGUGCUGGGGGAGGACCGUGCUCCUCGGUGCGGGGCCGGCUGGCCGGGCCCGGCCCCCAUGAGGAUGGAGCAGCCCCGUGCUGCCUUCCUGUUGCUCAAGGGCCGUCAGCGCACCAGGCUGGCCAGGCUCUGUGAAUGGGCCCAGCCGUGUGGGGAGGCCGUCCCGUUCCUCAGGGACUUACCUGCUCCUGCUGCCGGUAACGCAGGGUGGGCCCCUGGGGCCACUGGGCCGAGAGUCCAGGCCUCGAGGGACUCGGGCCAGGCCCUGCUGUGUCCUGAGAUCCCCGGCUCCAGCCCCGACGCUGCGGUUCUGACAGUUACUGACCGCCCCCCAUCCCCACCCUGUGCCAGCCCAGGGAAGCAGCUGGUCACCUCUAACCCUCCCAGCAUUCCUGUCCCCACCGUCCAGGUGAGGAAACCAGCCCGGAGGCCUCAGGGAGACCGGAGGCUGAGAUACACAUUCCGCCGCCCUGAAGAGCACGCUCUUGGCUCUGCCAAUGGGCCGGCGGCUGCUGCCUCGGGUCAAGGGGCCUGGACACGGGUCCUGAGCCUGUGGCCCAUCUCUACGGAGGCCUGGGGCCCAGCAGCUCAGAGCUACCGUCUCCUCCCCUUGCAGAGUGUGCGUGUGUUGGGGGGCGGGUUACACUCCCUGGCAGCUCACUAG